AUGCGGUCGGUCCGGGUGCUGCAUUCGCUGCUCCUGGUGCUAGGAGCCUGCGUCCUUCCGCAGACGAGGGGCGAGCUGGUGCGCCACCUGGAGGUGUCGGAGAACGCGCCCCCCGGAACCAGAGUCGGCUUCAUCGACGCCGACAGCCCGCCCUACCUGAUCGUCCCGGUGCCCGGGUCGGCCGUGGACGCCGACCUGAUCGUCGACCAGGCCACCGGGGAGAUCCGCACGCGGGUCCCCCUGGAUCGGGAGACCAGGGCCUCCUAUAGUCUGGUGGCGCUGCCCCAGUACGUCCGGGUCGUGGUCAAGGUCCUGGACGAGAACGACAACGCCCCCACCUUCCCCUCGGACAGGGUGGACGUGGAGUUCCCUGAAAACUCGCCGCGCGACGCGAAGCGCGCCCUGCCUCCGGCAAAGGACCCCGACCUGGGUCAGUACUCGACCCAGCGGUACGAGAUAGUGUCCGGAAAUGUCGGCGACGUCUUCCGACUGGCGCCGCACCGAGGAAGGGACGGCGUCCUGUACCUGGACUUGCAGAACUCCGGCGUCCUCGACCGCGAGGUCAGGCCCGACUACUGCCUGGUGAUCGAGGCCCUGGACGGCGGCGCCCCGCCGCUCCGGUCUCGCUUGACAGUGAACGUGACGGUCCAGGACGUCAACGACAACCCGCCCGUCUUCAACCAGACCCGAUACUCGGCUAGCGUGCCGGAGAACGCCACCGUCGGUAGCAUGGUGCUGGCCGUCAACGCCACGGACGCCGACGCCGGCGACAACGGGCGCAUCGAGUACUCUAUCAACCGGCGCCAGUCCGACCGGGAGGAGAUGUUCCGGAUCGACCCCGAGACCGGAGUCGUCUACGUCAACAAGGCCCUGGACUUCGAGUCCAAGGAGCGGCACGAGCUGGUGAUCGUCGCCCGCGACCGCGGGGCCCAGCCCCUGGAGGCCAGCGCCUUUCUGUCCGUCCGAGUAACCGACGUCAACGACAACCAGCCCACCAUCACCGUCAUCUUCCUCUCGGACGACGCGACGCCCAAGAUCUCCGAGAGCGCCCAGCCGGGCGAGUUCGUCGCCAGGAUUUCCGUCAGCGAUCCCGACUCCAGGACCGAGUACUCCAACGCCACCGUCACCCUCAGCGGCGGUGAGGGCCACUUCGGCCUCGCCACCAGGGACAACAUCAUAUAUCUGGUGGUCGUCGAGAAGCCUCUCGACCGGGAGGAGAAACCCGUUUACGAGCUGUCCGUCGAGGCCACCGACGCCGGGACGCCGCCCCUCAGGGCUGCCCGCAGCUUCCGUCUCCUCGUUACCGACGUCAACGACAACGCGCCCAGGUUCUCCCAGGACGGGUACGAGGCGCACCUCCUGGAGGCCUCCGAGCCCGGCACGCCUGUUCUCGGCGUCGCCGCCACCGACCUCGACGAGGGCCUCAACUCCGCCGUCAAGUACUCCCUCCGGAACACCACGUGGUUCGCCGUGGACGAGAACUCCGGACUCGUCACGACGUUGACCCACGUAGACUGCGAGGCCGACCCUGCGCCCACGUUCCUCGUCGUUGCCACCGACUCCGGACAUCCCCCGCUCAGUGGCACCGCCACCGUCCGGGUCACCGUCCACGACCUCAACGACAACGAGCCCAUCUUCGAGAAGCCCCUCUACAACGCCACCGUGCCCGAGGACCUGCCUGUCGGACGCUGCUUUCUCAAGGAACAUUGUUUCAUCCCGACCAUCAUUCACCCACCGCCUACUGCAACUCCGAUGCUUCCUGCGGACGUUCGCGAGGCGAUUCAUCUUGCCGAGUAUUAUGCGUUCAUGCGUGUACCGGGUAAAAAGUAUCCUCACCCGAGCACGAACGCGGCUUAA